UUUCUUCAACACAAAGAGGGAUGUGGUCACUGAUCAAGGAUGUUGAUCAUACCAAGACCACUUGGGCCUUGAGGGUGCGGGUAGUCAGAGCAUACGAGGUGCCUCCUCACUCAAAAGGAGGGGUGACACUCGAGCUGGUGUUGCAUGAUGAACAGGGAGACCGGAUUCACGCUAUCAUAAAAAGGCCACAACUGGAGGCUUACAAGACCAUGAUCAAGGAUCAAGGAAAACAAAUUUAUGCUCUGAUCGGACUAAACUUGCAAGUAUACAAGUGCCGAUGUAGUAAUAAAAUACCGGUAAAUACCGGGUCGAUCCAAAGGGAAAUGGUUGAUAUUAUAAAGUCGAAUAUUGAAUGCAAAAGAUUAUAAAUGGUAUAGUUUUUCAGGAACUUUGUUCUUUGAGGUUGAUUUAAACAAGAAUGAUAAAUACUAAGGCAAUCGGGAUUCACCUAAAUGCUUUAAUAGUUAUUUAAUAAUAGUUCUUCCCC